GCGGCGGGGGCGGAGGCGGAGGCGACGGGCCGUCGUCGGCGCACCGCAGCAGCAACAGCGGCCGGCUGACCCUGUGGGAGGCGGAGCCGUCGCUGACCCUCAGCAUGCCGGACGACACCACCAUGACCGGCACCGCGUCCGGCGGCGUGUCGUCCAUGUCGGUGGGGGGCGCGGUGAAGAGGGAGCGGGCCGACGAGGCGGACCUGGGCGAGAUGGUAUCGUCCACGGCGGUGGGCGCCGAGGAGGACGACGACGGCAGCACGCGGAAGAAGCUGAGGCUGACCAAGGAGCAGUCCGCCCUCCUGGAGGACCGCUUCAAGGAGCACAGCACCCUCAACCCGAAGCAGAAAGUGGCUUUAGCCAAGCAAUUAAACCUCAGGCCAAGGCAGGUGGAAGUCUGGUUCCAGAACAGAAGAGCCAGGACGAAGCUGAAGCAGACGGAGGUGGACUGCGAGUUCCUGAAGCGCUGCUGCGAGACGCUCACCGAGGAGAACCGCCGGCUGCAGCGGGAGCUGCAGGAGCUCCGCACCAUCAAGUUCGCCCCGCCGCCACCGCCCAACAACGCCAGCCAACACCCCGGGACGCCGUCCUCCGCCGCGGCCCCGCCGGCGCCGUUCUACAUGCAGCUGCCGGCCGCCACGCUGACCAUCUGCCCGUCCUGCGAACGCCUGGGCGGAACCGCCGCCACCGCCGCCGGCAAGGUCGACCCCGACAGGCCCAAGGCUGCCACCCACCACUUCUUCAACCCCUUCACCCACUCCGCCGCCUGCUGAUCGAUCUGCGCUCCGCCGACCGCACGUACGUACAUACACGACGCUCAUCAACAUCGACCUGCACCACCGCCAUAGCUAGCUAGCUAGCUACAAGUAAGUAGCAGUGGCUGCCAUAGCUAAUACCUCACGUCGCAAGUAACAUAUGAUCCUUGCAGCCAGCCAGCUGCAGGACAUGGACAUGGACACGAUCCUCCUACUUUUGCCAUUUCUUGGUCUGGGGGUUUAGUCCCGAAUCUUGUUCAGUUUAGCUAAUCCAUCCAUCCAUCAAUCAUAGGCGCAAUCCAUAGACGAUAGGUAGUCAAACAGCCACCUGUAGUAGGCAGUAGCUAGUACUCGAAGCGGCCGGCCAUUGUAUAUUCUUGUGCAUGCAUGUAACCGUGGACCUCUCCUUUUGGUUGGCUUCUCUGCCUUUUUGUGUUCAAAAGCUGAUCAUCGGAGAGGAGAUAAUAGACUAAGCCGCCGCUGUGAUGAACUAAUUCCUAGUCGUGUCAGGCAGUGUUUGGAUGAUGACAUGAGAGAGGCUCUCCCUGUCGGGUGCGUACGUGUGUAAUGUGUAUACCUUUCUGACUUUUUCUAUAUGCAUAUACGUUUCAAUGAUUGUGCCUGUCGGGCCUUAAACUUUA